CUGCUGAAGUGUCUAUCUCGCUUUCCCGCGUGAAGUUCGUACUCUGUAAGUUACUUGACGUUACUUUCUCAAAAUAUUUGUCAGUGAGGUGUAAAACAUCGAGAAACUGUCCACUCAUAACGAUAGUAAAGCCUAUAUCUGUAUGCUACGAGGGAAUUGCACUCCAGAAGAAUGUCUUCAACUUCCGCCAUUUCUCCUGUCCUGUUCUUGGACUGUAAAGGAGAGCAGAUGCGCUUCUACAUUCGUCCGGGUCCUGCAAAAGCCCAACUUCGUGAUAUGAUUUAUGCUGGGGGUGGGUGUCUAACCCGUUUCCGGGAACCUGGUGCCCUUCUGCUUGCAGAUCCGAAGGAGAUAACUGACAUCACCAACAAUAGCGGAGAACUUUAUGUCUCUACCCAGUACAUUUGGGACUGUGUGAAGAAGAACCAGCAAUUGGAUGAGAUGAAUUACAGGCUGAGCACCACACAAAACAUCCAGACGAGAUCACUGCGAUCUAAAGAAGCAGCGGUUGGACGAAUGGGUUACACGACAGAUGAGGACGAAGCGAUUUUGAACUACAUAUCAAAGCGUCAGAAAGAGGCACGAGGCAACAGUGUAUGGCAGCUUAUGGAAAAGCAGAAGAUUACGCCCCACAGCUGGCAGUCUAUGAAAGACCGUUAUCUCAAACACUUAAGGGACAGGCCACCAAAGGGCAAGAUGGGGCAAUUGGAGUUUGUGUCCAUGCCUAAGCCUCACAAAGAUACUGCACAGCAAGUGCUAUUGGAUAAUGACAUCCCUGUUCAGUUACCUGUGAAUGAGCCUGCCACCUUGUCUGGAGCUGAGUCUGAGUCAGCUGUAGUUGAAGGGGUAGCAGUAGAUCAUCCUCCAGAAGAAAGGCCUGAACAUCCUGCUGAAGAGGCACUAGAUGGAGAUGGAAUUGGAGCUUCUGCUACAGGGCAACAGACACCUGGAGAAUGCCCUGAGGGAGACGUGGUAGUAGUGCCUGAAGAUGAACCCUCUCUUAAGAGAUCCAGACUUGAUGCAGAUGAAGGGGGUGGAAAUCAAGGGAUGAGUGGUCCUGGGAAUGAGUUGACCCCUAAAGAAGGAGGUUUGCAAUCAUCAAAAACAUCGACACCAACCAAGAGAGGACUGGGUAUUCUUGACAGGGCAGUGAGGGAAUUUCGUAAUUCACUUUGGACUGAAGAUAACAGUCGGCCUCAGAUGACUGCCUCUAUCCUUUCGCAGUCAGACAGUGAAACUGAGAUAUUUCAUGAGGCUAUGGAACAAGUGACUGGCUCACCUCCACAACAGAAGAAAAGUAUGGGGUCAAAAUGUAAUAGUCAUAAGACUGCUGAGUAUGGGGAGAGCACCAAAACGUGUAAUGUAAAGCAAAGUUCCUGCAGGAGCCACUUGUUCCUGUUAGAGGGCGAGUCACAAGAGGAUGACUUUAGCCAUACCUCACAGGAGGAGGGCUGUGCUCCACACCCUGUGAAUUUGGAAGGAGAAAGGUUAGUCUUGGACUUGAUGAAAGAUUGCAGUAAGAACCUGCUUGACGUUACUAAAUCACUGCUAAAGGCAAGCGGUGAUGUUACAUUAGCUCAGUGCCACCUUCUGCAGGGGACAUUUCCUCGGCCACUGUGGAGUCAGAGGGAGGACCAGCUUCUGCUGUCAGAAGAUCCAAUCUCUAAGUGUCAACUUGAGGAGAAGUACGGAAAGGAGGGUGUGUGUGCCAGAGUCUCUUUCCUAAAAUCAGAAUGACUUUGAAUCUGUUUUAUUUGUAACAAAUAACUGACAACUUUCAGUUCUAUCUAAGUUUGUGUAUUAUUUUGCCUUUAAAUUGUAUAUUGUACAGUGUGGAAUUUCAAACAAAUAAUUAAAACAUUUGGUAUUUUGA